AGACCUUCUAAGCCUAUCACAUUCAAUACAUUAAGAAAAAAAAAAAAAAGACAUUUCCUUUCUCCAUCGCUAAUUUAUUCAGUUUUACUUUCCAACCAAAAUUCUGCAACCCAAACAUUAUGGCCGCCAUUAAAGUCUACGGAGCCGCAUACUCCACCGCUGCAGCGCGCGUCUUGGCUACCCUCCACGAAAAGGGCCUUGAUUAUGAGCUUGUUCACGUCGACAUGAUCACCGGCGAGCACAAAAAGGAAUCUUACAUUUCUCGCAACCCGUUUGGUCAAGUACCAGCUUUUGAGGAUGGAGAUCUAAAGCUAUUUGAAUCAAGGGCAAUCACGAGAUACAUAUCCCAACAAUACGCCGACAAGGGAACAUCGCUGGAAUUCUCGGACCCAAAGAAGCAGGCCGUUGCGAAUCUAUGGAUCGAAGUUGAGGCCCACCAUUUCGACCCAAAUGCCCAGAAACUGAACUACGAGCUCACCGUGAAGCCCGUGAUUCUGGGCCUGGAAACGGACCAUUCAGUGGUAGCGGAAUAUGAACCCAAGUUCGAGAAAGUUCUUGAUGUGUACGAGGAAAGGCUUUCACAGUCCAGAUACUUGGGCGGUGAUUCCUUCACUUUGGCCGAUCUUCACCACCUCCCAACUAUCCAGUACUUGUUGGGCUCCAGUGCCAAGAAGCUGUUUGAGUCCCGUCCACGUGUCAACGCUUGGGUGGAUGACAUCACUUCAAGGCCAUCUUGGACCAAGGUUGUUGAACUCAGAAACCAGGCUUUCAAGUCAUCAAAGAAAGAGUAGUUUAGAUAUAAAUCCACCGGUGAUGCUAAACAAAAAUCAAUUAAUAAAAAAUGAGAAUUAAAUAUGAGAUUCAUAGAUGAAACCAUUUUACAUUAGUAAACCCAUUUUAUAUCAGUAAUGGUGUUUAUCACCGGUGCACCUAAGUAUUUUCUAAAUAUUCAGAUGAGUCGUGUUUUUCAUUUGUGUGGACGGCUUGACGCUCUUUUCUAUGUAUUUGUGUGCGGCGUUUCCGGUUUGUGUCGUUUUUUAUUUUAUGUUGUCGUCGUGGUGUUGUGAUGUUUUAUUUCCAUGCAUAUAAGAAAUUUGGACAAGGAUCCUUAAAUUAUUGACUAA